UGUAGGUCUACUUCUUACUCAACACACACACACACAAACACACAGCCUGGGUUGUGUGUGUGUGUGUGGGUGGGGUCCAGGUGUUUAUUAGCCACUGUGUGUGACAGGUGAAAUCAGACGCAGGAUCAACAGCUUGACCAUGCUGACCUUCCCUCUUUACCUCCUGCUGAUGGUGGUGUCCCUCCCCAUCAUCGUGGUAAUGCCUCAGACCAUUCCCUUUAACAAUACAUACGCUCUAGGAGAAAACAAGACUCAGGAGGAGCACUGCCACGAGCUGCUGUAUUCACCAGACCCUGUGCCAUUAGACGAGCUCCCAUGGUACUGUCUGUGCAUGCAAUGUCAGGACAGCAAGGGGCCCAAAGGAGACAGAGGAGACCUUGGAUUGCCAGGCAUGCCAGGAACUGCAGGAAGACGGGGUGUGAAAGGGUACCGUGGUAUUCAAGGUUUUAUGGGCACACCAGGGAUGAAAGGACAGAAAGGAAACUAUGGUGAAAGGGGACAACCAGGACUUAGUGGGAUGGUGGGAUUCCAAGGAUCCAAAGGUUUUAAAGGUGAAACAGGUGGUCUAGGUCUGAAGGGUUACCCUGGGGAUCAAGGUCCUAAAGGAGAUGAUGGAGUCUGUCCAGAAACCUGUGAACCCAUUGUUGGUCGCCCUGGAGACCCAGGUCUAACGGGCCCUGCUGGACCCAGAGGGCUGCCUGGCCCCACAGGACUAAGAGGUCCUAAAGGCGAUAUGGGUGAAAAGGGUGAUUUGGGUCAGUUUGGUGCUCCUGGACAUGCGGGUGAGAAGGGAGAUCUGGGUCUCCUGGGUGAGUGUAACUGUAUAGAUGGAAUAGAUGGGUUUCCAGGGCCGAAGGGGCCAAUGGGAGACAAGGGGGUCCAGGGUCAGGAAGGUCCUGCAGGGCAAAUGGGUUUAAAGGGGGAUGAAGGAGACCAAGGGCCCACAGGAAUAGAGGGUUUGCCUGGUCUCUGCAAGCCAAAGAUCCAGUCAGCAUUUUCUGCAUGGCUUACAUCCAGCUUCCCCUUUCCCACUGCCCCCGUGGCCUUUUCCAGCGUUUUCUACAACAUGGAAAUGCAUUACAACAAAACCACGGGUGUCUACACAGCCCCCACCGCAGGCACGUAUGUCUUCAAAUACCACCUCGCCAUUAAUGGACGCAUCCUUAAAGUUGGCCUCUUUCUAAAUUCCAUAGCAGUUGUGAAAACCACAGACAACAAACUAUUAGGAACAACCUCACACUCAGUCAUCCUUCACCUGGAACAGGGAGACAGGGUUUGGGUUCAGGUGAAGGAUUUGCACACUAAUGGCAUGUAUGCAGGUCCAGAAAUCAAAAGUACAUUCUCUGGAUUCUUGCUAUAUCAAGAUGAAUGUACAUUGCUAAAUGACAUGUAAUGUAAUGUAAUGAUACAUAAAUGACCUUUGGCCCCAAUAGAAGUCAAAGAUAAAUGACGUUAGAGCACCAUUACAUGACUUCCUUUAAAUAUAUUGCACCAAACCACCAACAAUAGAUUAGCACAAUGAACUAAGCCAAACCACACUCAGCAGAUUCUUUUUGAAAUCUCUUAAUCCAAACAUUCAUACAUCCACUAAAUAAAAUAGAAUAGUUUGAACCUGAUUUAUUCUCUGUUGCUCAAUACUUUAAAUGAUUGUCAUUUAUCAAAACUCAUAAAGUUAGUGGCUUUGAUGAAUGGUUUCAGUCCUCUCCAUGGUAACUAAUGUCUAGCUGGCUAUGUCAGUUAAUCUUUCAUCUGGAUUAGUAUCACUCAAGAGAGACCAAUCAAAAGACACACAGGGAGAAGAUGAAACAUCUAC